AUGACGAAGCGGGCCAAUGCAAAACGACCCAACAUCAUCUUUAUACUGGCAGAUGAUCAUGCCUCGAAAGCCAUUAGCUGCUAUGGUGCGGGCAUUAACCACACGCCCAACAUUGACAGGCUGGCUCACGAAGGAAUGAAGUUCAAUCACUGCUAUGUAACCAACUCAAUCUGCACCCCCUCGCGUGCCACUAUUCUCACGGGAAUGCAUAAUCAUGUCAAUGGUGUUUUGACCCUGGACGACAAGAUCAACACGCAUCUGCCCAAUGUGGCAAAAGCUUUGAGAACUGGAGGAUACACAACUGCCAUGAUUGGAAAAUGGCAUCUCGGCGAAGGUAGCGAUCACGAGCCGUCGGGCUUUGACGAAUGGUCAAUUUUGCCCGGCCAAGGAGACUACUGGGAUCCUCAAUUUAUUGACCGCGAUGGAAAACGUAGAGAAUCUGGUUAUGCUACCGACAUCAUCACCGACAAGAGUCUGCAGUGGAUUGAUUCGGUCCGGGCUCAGGAAAAAGAUCAGCCCUUUUUCCUCAUGUGCCACCACAAGGCGCCGCAUCGCUCGUGGGAAUUCCAUCCCAAGCACAAAGAUCUCUACAAGGAGCCGAUACGGGUCCCCGAGACGUUUGACGAUGACUACAAGAACAGGGCCAAGGCUGCCAAGCUGGCCAAGAUGCGCGUCGCCGAGGACAUGACCUACUUUGAUCUCGGGCUGGCGCAGCCAGAGGGAGGCGAUGAGGUGGGGGAACGCUUCUUCCCGGGGUCUUCCAGCAUUGACAGAAAGAUUCCCUCGCCCAAUGAUGUUUCCGGUAUACGUUUGAUUGACAAGCAGGACGGAACAGUCUUUACCUUUGCCACGCCAGAGGAAUUGGCCGUCUUCAAGUUUCAGAGGUACAUGCAACGAUACCUGCGCACGAUUCAGUCUAUAGAUGACAAUGUCGGGCGCAUGCUGUAUUAUCUCGACGAACAUGGUCUGGCGGAGAACACCAUGGUAAUCUACAGCUCCGACCAGGGCUUCUUCCUCGGCGAGCACGGCUGGUUUGACAAGCGCUUCAUGUACGAGGAGAGCUUCCAGAUGCCGUUUCUGAUCCGGUACCCGCCCGAGAUCGCCGCGGGCAGCAUUUCCGACGACAUUAUCAGCAACGUCGACUUUGCGCCCACCUGGCUCGAUUACGCGGGCUUGCGCAUACCGUCGUAUAUGCAGGGCGUCUCGUUCCGUGCCAUUCUGCAGGCCCGGGGUCAGGCGCCCCCGGGCUGGCAGCAAGUCGCUUACCACCGGUACUGGAUGAAUAAUGACAUUAUUCACAAUGCGCUGGCGCACUAUGGCGUGCGCAACCAGCGGUACAAGCUGAUUUACUGGUACAAUGAAGCCCUCGGCGCUGCGGGAGCUCGACCUGGCACGGAUUUCAAGGAAAAGGAGUGGGAAUUGUUUGACUGCGAAAAAGACCCGCUGGAAUUGUUUAAUGUCUAUCACUCCCCAGAGUACAGUCAUGUGGUGGCUGGUAUGACUGCACUGCUGGAGGCCAAGAUGGAGGAGAUUGGUGAUGAGCCGAGGCAUCCCCUGUCUAUUACCAAAGGUGCAUACGGUCAUCGAUAA